CUCAGAGGGUAGCUGAGUGGCUCGGCAGCUCGUUAGCGGACAAGGCGGCGAUGAAUCAGACCAACAAAGGCCACGACCAUACUGUCCGGUAUCAACCCCAGGGUUCGCUCCACUUAGCGUCUGCGCUCUUUGCCCUCCUGGGUAAGGCGUGUAUUGCACUCCCGUCUUGUAUGGUCAUGGUAUCAUCUGUCUCGUAUGGUAUCUUUCUUCUAAAUACCAGAUGGAUGGAUGCCCGGAAAACUUUGGGGUCGAGGACACACCACACGCACACGCUCGCGCUCUCUCUGCUCUUCCUCUCCCUCUCUCUCUCCCUCCGUGCCGCCGGGCCUAGCUUGCUCGAUCACGACUCUUCACUAUCACAAAACCAACCUCCCUUCCCCCACCCCCCUUCUCUCUCACACACACACACUCUCUCUCUCUUCCUCUCUUUCUCCAAUUUCUCAGCCCGUUUGGUGGAGAUUGACACUGGGAUGAGAGAGAGAGAGAGAGUGUGUGUGUGUGUGUGCGCGCGUAUAUCACACCUCAAUUCUCGCCCGUGUCCUUGAAUUACAUCUAAUAAGCCAUGAAAAUAAAUAAUAAAAAAGCAUAUUAUUUCUUAUCUGAG